AUGUCACACAAGGAAAGGGGUAAAGGGGAGGCCAGGUGGGAUCGAUUCAAUAAAAUUGAGCUGUCUAGUCCCUGGCCCAUCCCCUUAUCAGCUUACUAUAAUAAGGUGAUAGAUAAGACAGAUGAUGUGAUAGAUAAGACAGAUGAUGUGAUAGAUAAGACAGAUGAUGUGAUAGAUAAGACAGAUGAUGUGAUAGAUAAGACAGAUGAUGUGAUAGAUAAGACCGAUGAUGUGAUAGAUAAGAUAGAUGAUGUGAUAGAUAAGACAGAUGAUGUGAUAGAUAAGAUAGAUGAUGUGAUAGAUAAGAUAGAUGAUGUGAUAGAUAAAUCAGAUGAUGUGAUAGAUAAGACAGAUGAUGUGAUAGAUAAGACAGAUGAUGUGAUAGAUAAGACAGAUGAUGUGAUAGAUAAAUCAGAUGAUGUGAUAGAUAAGACAGAUGAUGUGAUAGAUAAGACAGAUGAUGUGAUAGAUAAGACAGAUGAUGUGAUAGAUAAAUCAGAUGAUGUGAUAGAUAAGACAGAUGAUGUGAUAGAUAUUGAUGUGAUAGAUAAGACAGAUGAUGUGAUAGAUAAGACAGAUGAUGUGAUAGAUAAGACAGAUGAUGUGAUAGAUAAAUCAGAUGAUGUGAUAGAUAAGACAGAUGAUGUGAUAGAUAAGACAGAUGAUGUGAUAGAUAAGACAGAUGAUGUGAUAGAUAAGACAGAUGAUGUGAUAGAUAAAUCAGAUGAUGUGAUAGAUAAGACAGAUGAUGUGAUAGAUAAAUCAGAUGAUGUGAUAGAUAAGACAGAUGAUGUGAUAGAUAAGACAGAUGAUGUGAUAUAUAUUGAUGUGAUAGAUAAGACAGAUGAUGUGAUAGAUAAGACAGAUGAUGUGAUAGGUAAGACCGAUGAUGCGAUAGAUAAGACAGAUGAUGUGAUAGAUAAAUCAGAUGAUGUGAUAGAUAAGACAGAUGAUGUGAUAGAUAAGACAGAUGAUGUGAUAGAUAAGACAGAUGAUGUGAUAGAUAAGACAGAUGAUGUGAUAGAUGAUGUGAUAGACCGAUGA